GAAGGAGUCGAGCGGAGCUUCUCCCGGCGCUCCAAGAACAUCCAAAUCACAGCUGUCGCGUUUUAAGAAAACACGUUUCUUUAGCAACAACAAACAUGCAUCUUUGACAUACGUAGAUUUUUAUUUUUUUGAUGAAAAUCUUUUAAACCUUGCUGUAGGUUCAGCGCGAGCGUGGGACGUCGCCGCGCGCGAGGACGACAGAGAAACACCUCCAUUGUCAGUCCAGCAGCCCACUUAUCCAAGGCAAGGCAAGCACGAGCAGAAAAUGGGAAGGAAAAAGAUUCAGAUUUCUCGAAUUCUGGACCAGCGAAAUCGACAGGUGACGUUCACCAAGCGCAAGUUUGGCCUCAUGAAGAAGGCCUACGAGCUGAGCGUGCUGUGCGACUGCGAAAUCGCCCUCAUCAUCUUCAACAGCACCAACAGGCUCUUCCAGUACGCCAGCACGGACAUGGACAAAGUGCUGCUCAAGUACACCGAGUACAGCGAGCCGCACGAGAGCCGCACCAACGCCGACAUCCUGGAGACUCUGCGCAGGAAAGGACUGGGACUUGACGGAGUGGAGCUCUACAAUGAGGAACCGCUGCCGGAGGGAAAGUUCCAGCAGCUGGAUGAGGGCGUAGACCUGUCUGUGGUGCGUCAGCGUUACUACGCUCCUUCUCUUCCUCCGUCGGAGGCCCAGUACCUGCUCUCGGCAGGCUGCGAGAACGGCUUUCCCGUCGGCAACGUUCCGAACCCCGGCCUCGGCUCCCACCGACCCCCGGCCUUCAAGCCCAUCACCUUCAAGCACGGCUCAGGGAGCCCAGCCGGCCCUGCCUCGCAUGCCGGCCUCAUUCCGCCACACUCAGGGAUCGGCUACCCGAUGUUCUCCCAUGCCAAUCUAAGCAGAGCUCUGGAGAUGAAGGGCCCGCCACCCCUGAACCUGGGCUGCGAUGGCAGGCGAACGGAACCGCACCUAAGCGUCCCCGGCGUCCGGCCCGGCGCGGGCAGCACGAGAGUGCUGUAUCACCCCGGGAACCACGUGAUGGCCAUGGGGAAAACAGAAUACCCUUACCCGGGUUUCCCUCACUCUGUGAGUUUGCAGCGGGGUGGAGUGACACCGUGGCCGCCGUCACAGCCCCAGGAAGCACACGCGUCUCAGAUCAGCCAAGGGAUGUCCAGCGGAGGGUGCUCUCUCGCAGCGCAGACCUCUUCGCCAGCGCCGCCCGCUCAUCCUUCGCUCAACCUCAGCAUCAAAUCGGAGCGCGUCUCUCCCGAGCACCCCGGCUCCCCGGCCACCCCCCCGCCGCACCGCAUCGGGCGCCAGUCGCCCGCCGGCAACCCCGAGACGGCAGGCCGCGGCCGCGGCCGCCCCGAGCCCUACGCGGCCCGAGACGGGGAGGAGAUGCAGAAGGGAAGCUACCCGUCUCAACACGGCACAGCCCAGGCGCCUUCAGAGGACAAGGCGGGGAUUCCCAUCAGGCAGUUAGAGAUCGUAGACGGCUGGCAGAGAUAACCGGGCGGCUCCGUCUCUUCAACGCGUGUGAGUUUUCUCUGUCCGCGGAACGGAGGCGUCCUUCACGGACUUUUAAUUUCGGUGCCCGAGGUUAAAGCCGACGUUGUCCGCUCCGCUACGACGUCAGAGAAAACGCACAGUUUGGAUCGCGCGUUUUAGGCUCCGGCCUCCGCGGGCGGGCCGGGGCAGCAAUACCCGUGUUUCUCGAGCUUCGGCAGCGGCGUGCGUGCGUCCCGUGACCCGCACCUGCAGCGUGGAGCGCAGCCCUCCAAAGGUCCUCCUGUACACAACAUGCUACUUGUUCUCUUCUUUCUUCUGUCCCCUCCCCCCCCCCC